GUUUUUGAUGCUCAAAUGCCGCCCGUAUUAUCUACCAAGGGAGUUUACAGCUGUGUUUUUGGCCGCUGUCUACAUUCCUCCACGAGCCAACUCUACAGCGGCACUCGGCAUGCUCCAUGACGUCAUCAGCGCACUGGAGACGGCUCACCCUGAUGCUGUUUUUAUUGUUGCGGGCGACUUUAAUCAGUGCAAUCUUCGGACCGUAUUUCCCAAAUACCACCAGCAUGUAAACAUCCCCACCCGUGACAAGAACACCUUGGAUCAUGUAUACACCAAUGUAAAAGGUGCAUACAGGGCCGCACCCCGCCCCCACUUCGGACACUCAGACCACAUCUCUUUGUUCCUUUACCCGGCUUACAGACAAAGACUCAAACAAUCAGCUCCAGUCACCAAACCGGUUCAGCUCUGGACACCCGAGAUUGAGGACACACUGCAGGACUGUUUCACCACCACAGAUUGGGAUGUGUUUAAAGCUGCAGCUACUCUGGAGGACUCUUCUGUCAGCAUACAGGACUAUGCUGACUAUGUGACUGGGUACAUCAGCACUUGUGUGGAGAACAUCGUGCCCACCAUCCAAGUCAGGAAGUUUCCCAACCAGAAGCCCUGGAUAAACAGUCAGGUACGUCACAUGCUGCGUGCUCGUUCCAUUGCUUUUACAUCCGGCAAUGAGACUGAGUACAAAGCUGCGAAGUACGGACUGAGGAAGGCCAUCACAGCAGCUAAGAAGCAGUACAGAGAGAAGCUGGACGGCUUCUACUCCACUGCUGACUCUGGGCGCAUGUGGAGGGGCCUGCAGCACAUCACAGACUACAGGAACGGCUCCAGUACCAUUCGGGCUACAGACAGCCUGCCGGACGACCUCAAUACCUUCUAUGCACGCUUUGAGACCUCCUCCCCCCAUGCAGAGAGGGGGCCCAACGACUCAAGAGCCACCACUCCCUCCUCACCCCCACCAGCCGUCACAUCAGCCCAGGUAAACAAAGCCCUGAGGAGGAUCAACCCCCGCAAGGCGGCAGGGCCGGACAACAUUCCUGGUCGAGCCCUCAGAGCAUGCGCCAACGAGCUGACAGACGUUCUCACCUCCAUAUUCAACCUCUCCCUCAGCCAGAGAACUGUCCCCUCCUGCUUCAAAACCACCACCAUUGUCCCCCUCCCUAAGAAGAGCCCCCCCACCUGCCUGAAUGACUACAGGCCAGUAGCUCUCACUCCAAUCAUUAUGAAGUGUUUUGAGAGAGUGGUGCUGACCCACAUUCAGAGCAGCAUUCCGGACACACUAGACCCCCUGCAGUACGCCUACCGGCCCAACAGGUCCACCUCAGACGCCAUCGCUGCAGCACUGCACAUCUCCCUCUCACAUCUGGAGAAUAAAGACUCCUACAUCAGGAUGCUCUUUAUUGACUACAGUUCUGCAUUCAACACGGUGGUCCCCCACAAGCUCACGCACAAACUACUCUGUCUUGGACUGCACCCCACCAUCUGUGACUGGCUCCUGGACUUUCUGACUGGCAGGCCUCAGUCUGUCAGAAUAGGGAACAGGACCUCAGCCAGCAUUACUACUAACGUUGGCACUCCACAGGGGUGUGUCCUCAGUCCCAUCCUCUACACCCUGUUCACCCACGACUGUGCAGCCUCUCAUCAGGACAACACCAUCCUGAAGUUUGCGGACGACACCGCAGUGAUAGGACGCAUCACUGGCGGGGACGAGGCAGCCUACAGGAGAGAGGUGGCCUCUCUGGUGACUUGGUGUGAGGACAACAACCUCACCCUCAACACAGACAAGACCAAGGAAAUGAUAGUGGACAUGAGGAGAGAGAGGAGCCCUCAUCAGCCGCUGUUCAUCCGGGGUCUGGAAGUGGAGAGGGUGAGCAGCUUCAAAUAUCUUGGGGUCCACCUCAGCCAGGACCUCACCUGGACACUAAACACCACGCAGCUGGUGAAGAAGGCUCAUCAGCGGCUGUACUUCCUGAGGAGACUGAGGAAGUUCGGCAUGUCAUCAAAGAUCCUCAGCAACUUCUACAGCUGCGUUGUUGAGUCCAUCCUAACCAGCUGCAUAACAGUGUGGUACGGCAGCUCUACCGUCACGGACCGCAAACGCCUGCAGAGAGUGGUGAAGGCUGCGUCCAAGAUCACCAGGACUCCUCUGCCCUCACUGCAGAGCAUCUACAAGCGCAGGGUCCUGAGGAGAGCUGCUUCCAUCAUCGGAGACCCCACCCACCCCCAACGAGGUCUGUUCACUCUCCUUCCCUCGGGCCGGAGGUACAGGAGUGUGAAAUGCAGGACCAGCAGACUCAGGAACUCUUUCUUUCCCUCUGCCAUCAGACUCCUUAACAGCUGACAGGAGUCUGCAACAGCAGACUGCACCUUUGCACAUCUGGAUUAUUUAUCAUAUAUAUAUCAUUACUGGACUAUUCAGCAUUAUUAAUGCACCUUAAUAACUGCACAUGUACCCCACUAUCCAGUUCUGUCAGCCUCCUUUGCACAAUAACCGCUGUAAAUUGCACAACUGAUUUGUAAAUAUCUUAGUGACUUACAUAUGCAUAGUUUGUUUAUUUCGUAUAUAUACCUUGUUUUCAGUCAUCCUGUAAAUAUCCAAAAACUUUAUAUUUUUUAUCUUAUGGCAUUCAGAGUGAGCUGCAAAGUAAGAAUUUCAUUGUACAGGGAAACCAGUUUCUUUACUGUACAUAUGACAAUAAACCCU